AUGUCCUCGGACCAUCUACGACCUUCGGGCUACUUCUACUCGGACACCGAGGACCCGUUCGCGGGAGCCUUCUGGUCGCAGUUCGAAGAUCCGCAUGACUUGGCUGCGAAGCAUACCCCCACGGACUCGUCGGCAGGUGCGGCGAUGAAAGCGUACCGCGAGUACCGCGACCGUGUGCGCAAGCCCGUGUUGGCGACGUAUACCAUUUUGGGCUUUCUGAGUUCCGGCACGUAUGGAAGGGUGUAUAAGGCGAGGCUGCGCAAUCCGCCUCAGCUUGCAGCGGGGAGUGGCGGUUUGUCAGCAGGAGGCGGCGGAGGCGGUGCGGGAGGGACAGCCGGGAUGGGCAGUGCCAAUGGCGGUGCUGCGUCGACGAAAGCGGCGGUUGGAAAUGGACCUACGUCGAAGAAGAGAGGUGGACUAUUGCAGCAGCAUCAGCUGUUGGACUCGCCAAGUGCUGCGUCUUCUCUGCAUGCGACGCCUAAAUCGACGGUGGACGCUGGACACGGUACGCCGACCGCCUCGCCCAGUUUGAGUGUCUCGCUCGGUGGCGGAGGCGGUGGCUCCUCGAUAGCAAAUACCUCCGGUCGAGUCGACAGCAACAGCCAAGGCAAUAGCGGCAAUGGCGGCGGUAUCCCGGACAAUCAGAUCUUCGCCAUCAAGAAAUUCAAACCGGACACGAAGGAAACCGACGCCACCAUCUACACGGGCAUCUCGCAGAGCGCCAUGCGCGAGAUCUCGCUGAAUCGCGAACUGUCGCACGUCAACAUUGUCACGCUGCACCAAGUGAUGCUCGAAGACAAGGCCAUCUACAUGGUGUUUGAAUAUGCAGAGCACGAUCUGCUCCAGAUCAUUCACUACCAUUCGACGGCAUUGCGCUCCCCGAUCCCGCCCGCCGUGCUCAAAAGCCUGCUGUGGCAGCUCAUCAACGGUGUCGCGUACCUGCAUGCCAACUGGAUCCUGCAUCGUGAUCUCAAGCCGGCCAACAUCUUGGUCACGUCCCAAGGAGUGGUCAAGAUCGGAGACCUCGGCUUGGCGAGGCUAUACUCUUCGCCACUGCAGAGUCUGUACAAUGGCGACAAGGUGGUGGUGACCAUCUGGUACCGUGCUCCCGAAUUGCUCUUGGGCGCACGCCACUACACGACUGCUAUCGACAUGUGGAGUGUGGGCUGCAUCUGGGGCGAGCUGUUGGCCCUCCGUCCGAUGUUCAAGGGCGAAGAAGCCAAGAUGGACCCGAAAACCAAAGCCGCGCCGUUUCAGACGGAUCAGCUGAAACGCAUCGUCGAAGUGCUCGGUACACCCAACAAGGACCGAUGGCCGUCGAUCGAGUCCAUGCCGGACUACAAGGGGUGGUGGCCGCACCUGCGGCUCGACAACUACCCAAAGACGCUGUCGCGCUGGUACGGUACGCGCAACAAGACCGACGAAGGCUACGAGCUGUUCGACUCGCUGCUGCAGUACGAUCCAGAGCAGAGGCUGACCGCCAACCAAGCGUUGAAGCACGCGUGGUUUGUCGAGCAGGAUCCAAAGCCGACUGCAAACGCUUUUGCUAGCUUGAGCAAGCCGACAGCGACGUAUCCGAAUCGCAGGGUGAUUCAGGACGAUAUGGACCCGAAGAUGAAGAGCAACUAUCAGCCGCCGAUCGAGACGCACCAUAUGCAGCCGCUGCACCAGUACAACUUGAACAGCAGCCAGCCGCAUCGGUUGGCGCAGCUGCUGCAUCAGCAGGAGCAGUUGCGGCAUCAGCAGAUGCAGGUGCAAUCGGGACAGCAGCAGCAGCAGCAGCAGCAGCAGCGGGGCAUGCAGGCGGGUCACAACGGACGGGUCAGCGCCGCCGCAGGCGUGGUGCCCAUAGCACCCAUCCUCGGCGGGCCGGCCGCCCCUCCCCCGAUCACCAUCGGCAGUGGCAAACCCCCCACCACCUCUAACACGGUCCCGCACAGCUCGGCACCGUCCUCGUCCACCACCAAUGCGUCCCAGCCACAGCUGCCGCACAACAAUCACCCGGUCAUUACUAUCGGCACCUCCGGUGGCCCGCUCUCCAACCCCGCCAGCAGCACCAGAGACUCGCUCAACGUCAGCGAUCCCGACACGCCUUCGACCGUCUCCACCGCCGCCUCGGCCGGCAACGCGCCAGGAGGCGCGCCGCGGACGACAAACCUCGUCGCUACAGCCACGCGCAACCAGCAGCGCAAGCGCCAGCGCAUCUAG